UUCGCAGCCCACUUUCUUUGCGCGGGCUUUACAUGUGUGGUAUGACUCCGAAUUGCAGUCGUUCACCAAAUCUGUCUCGUGCUUCACAACGUUCGAUCUUGUCUUUCUCUCAAUCUCUUCCCAGAGCAGCCCACAUUGAGAAGUCAACAUGUCCGAAGCCUCUCUACCAACCCACGCAAAAGACAACCCCAAUGUCUCUGCUGAUGGCGCACCCUCCAAGAAUGCUUUGAAGAAGGCACAGAAGGAAGCCGAAAAGGCUGCGAAAAAGGAGGCAGCAAAGAAGGCGGAUGCAGAAAAGCGAGCUGCCCAACAGUCGCAGGCGUCCGAGGACACAGCCAUGGACAAAUACGGCGACCUACCAGACGACAAAGUGCAGAUCACACAUCUCAAGAAGCUGAGCGAAGAAGAUGUCAACAAGGAAGUCACAGUUAUAACAAGAAUCCACAACAGUCGGAGUCAGAGUGCAAAACUGGCUUUCCUGAUGCUUCGACAGCAGGGCAAAACCAUUCAGGCUGUGGUCGCUGCUAGUGGAGAUGCAGUGUCAAAGCAAAUGGUCAAAUGGUCAACAGGAGUGAACGUCAACUCGUUCGUGCGAGUCACCGGUCUAGUCAAGAAGCCCGAUCCUCCAGUUGCAUCGGCCUCGAUCAGCGACCUCGAGUUGCACGUCACCAAGAUCUACCUCAUUGCUCAAGCAGCCGAGACGAUCCCCAUGCAGGUCAAGGAUGCCGAACGACCCCCGCCAGCGGUUGAACAGGAAGGACAAGUUGAUGCCGAGGGUGCCCCUAUCGUGACAUUGAAGACCCGACUCGAUAACCGAGUAAUCGAUCUCCAGACCGAGUGCAAUCAAGCCAUCUUCACGAUAUCGAGCGCCGUGGAAGGACUGUUCGAAGAAUACAUGCGAAAAAGUGGCUCAAGAAAGUUCAACACCCCAAAACUCCUGGGCGCUGCCACAGAGGGUGGAAGUGGUGUUUUUGAGGUCAACAACUACUUUGGCAAAAGCGGCUUUCUCGCCCAGAGUCCACAGCUGCACAAGCAGAUGCUGAUUGCUGGUGACUGCGAGAGCGUCUUCGAAAUUGGUCCUGUGUUCCGUGCUGAGAACAGUAACACCCAUCGACAUAUGACCGAGUUCACCGGCCUCGAUUUCGAACUGGUCUUCGAUCACCACUACCACGAAGUGCUUGAAUUUGCGGAGAAACUGAUCGUUUUCAUUGUGCAAGAACUCGGGGCCCGGUACAAGGACGAAAUCGCCGUGGUGCACAAGUACUUCCCCAGGGCUGGCGACUUCAGGAUCAAGGAUGGCAAGGCACUAAGGCUGAAAUACUUCGACGGCAUCCAGAUCCUCAAAGACGCAGGUGUCGAUACCACGGAACAAGACAACCUAGUGACCGAUCUAACAACGGCACAAGAGAAAAGACUGGGCCAGCUGAUCCGCGAGAAAUACGACACCGACUUUUACGUCCUUGACGAAUUCCCAAUGUCAGUGCGACCAUUCUACACCAAGAAACACCCUACCGACCCGAGACUAUCCAACUCAUACGAUUUCUUCAUGCGAGGUGAGGAGAUCAUGUCGGGAGCUCAACGUGUCAACGAGGCCGCCGAGCUGGAAGCAGCGAUGAGAGGCAAGGGUCUUGAUCCCAACGCAGACGGAUUCUCGGACUACGUCAACGCAUUCAGACAGGGAUGUCGGCCGCACGCCGGUGGAGGUUUGGGACUGAACCGAAUCGUCAUGUUUUUCUUGGGGUUGGACAAUGUUCGACAAGCGACACCAUUCCCGCGCGAUCCCCAACGAUUGAGGCCUUAGAGCUCACGCAUAGCAUCGCAGCCUCGGCGGCGAUUCGUGCAGCAGGCAUAGACAAAGUGGGACAGUGAACACGUAUCAUGGCCCGCCAGAUAAGAGA